ACCAGGUUGCUUGGGCUCCCCAUUUCCUCUUAUCUCUUAUCUCCCCAUGCUGUCUUAUCUCAGCCUGAUUGGCUCAGGGUCCUGGAGAGCCUGGGAGUGCUUACCCAGCAACCAUCAUGCAAGGUGGUGCUGGCAAUCAGCCUGCUGCUGGGGGCUGGAGGCCUCUGCCUCUGGUUCCAGUGGAAAAAGAAGUCCACCAAGAGCCAAAAGGAUUGUAGUAAAGAAUCCGUAGCAUCCACAGCCAUAGAGAGUAAGUGUGAUCCCUGGAUCAAAUCCCACUUCAGCCGCCUUUCAGACGAAAAGUUAUGUGCCCUGAUGCAAGAAGGUGGGAGUGGGGAGGCCAUUUCUGCUAGUACCAAUGUGAAAGUGGAAACCUGUACCUCAAGGCUUAAAGAAGGGAGAAAUGUUGAUGUCCACAAGGAAUCCUAUAUCAGCAGGCAGAGGACAUCAGGAAGCAGAGUGUUCAAGGAGUCCCACAAAGAUUCUGCCAAGUCGAGCUCAGUGGACGAGUCCACAUGGGCAUCCGUGGCUGCGUGUGUGAGGGAAAUCGACGUCACCGGUAAGCACCUGGCGGAUUCCAUGCUUCAGCGGGCCGCGGACUGCCAAAACCCUGGUCACUUGGAAACCAAGGACAUUAAUAAAGAGGAACUCAAGGUCCUGGAGAAAGUAGAGAUGAAAGUCGUAGGGAAUCUCCUCAACCAUCGGGAAAACAAUGUAGCUGGCUCAAGCAGUGGCUAUGGCAGCCAUGGCGUUCACAGCCAACGAUCAUGUGGCCAUCACGCACCCCAUGCUUAUUUUGAAGUCACCUAAUCAGGCUGACAUCGUCUCAUUCUCCCAACUGGGACCACACAAUUACAACACUCGAGGAUUCUCCCACUACCUCCCCUAUCCUUCUUCUGGUCUGAGGAGAGGUAGUUUUCAAUGCUAAUCAAAGGGAUUUCUGGUGAUGUGUCUCUGGCCCCAUCAACCUCACCUGGGCCAGUGAAAUAUUUGGACUUUAUACAGUGCCUACAGGAUGCCAGAGGUGAAAAUCUAGCACAGGGAACCAUGGUGACCUGCCAAAGAAGAGACAAAAAAGAGGAGAAAGCUGUGCCUUUAGGAACAGACUUUGCCUCUCCUAGAUGGCCAGUGAUGAAGAAAUCCACAGAAGGGAAGUCAGUCCAUUGGCUCCUCAGGGAAGGUACCAGGAGCAUCCUUCAGGAUAACAGAGGGAAGUGCUCAAUGACCCAAGACCUGCAUCCCUCACCCCUAAAAAAAAAAACACCAUGGGAUUUAACUGAAGACAAAUGCCUGCAAAUGAGCCAAUAAAACCUUGCAAUACUGUG